AUGGCAAGAGUCAACGAGAAACAGUGGCAGCAGAGACGGCAGAACCAGGAGACUGGCAGGGGACACCCCUUCCCCAGCAGCCCCCUUUCCCACAGCCUCCCCCAACAACCUCCCUUCCUCUCCUCUGCAGCAUCCAGAGAAGGGGUCCUCACCCUCAGAGCCUCUGCUGGAGCUCAGCAAACCAAUUUCUCCUCUGCCUCAGAGAGCUCUUCACAGGGCCUGGAUUCCAAAGUUUCCUCCACCAAAGUCACCAGCUGGAAACUUCCAGAUCCAUCUCCAGGUUCAAAAACCACUGCUGACACCCCUGAUUCCAAAUGGUUUACUGAGGCCUUGAGUUCAAAAGAUAUGUCUGGGUCCCUCUGGGCAAAUGUUUCUGCUGAGGGCCCACGUUUGAAAGUCCCUGCCGAGACCCUGGAUCCCACCUCACGUGAAAUCCCUGGAUCCAAAGUUGGGUCCGAAGUUUCUGCCAAAGACCCCAAGCCUUCCUUCCCUGUUAAGACCCCAGCUUCCAAUAUUUCUGCUCAAGGCCCAGAUAUGAAAGUCGGUUCAAAACUCUCCCCCGAGGAUCUUGAAUCCUCUGCCCAGAGCCGGGAAUCUGGAGUUUCUGCAGAAGACCACCCAGCCUCAAGCUUCCCCCAGCAGGUACGGGGACACCUAGCGGUGCUGGUGGGUGCUACCAUCCAGCUUCCCCUGGCUCCAGCCCCUAACCCCAGGCCCCCUGCACCUCUGGUGGUCUGGCGCCGGGGCUCCACGGUGCUGGUAACCGGAGGCCUGGGGCCAGGAGCUCCGCUGAUCAGCCUGGACCCUGCUCACCGACGCCGCCUGAGAUUUGACCAGGCCACAGGGGGUCUGGAAGUCUCCUCUGCCCAGCUGGACGAUGCCGGGGUCUACACAGCCGAGGUCAUACGCGCCGGGGUCUCCCGGCAGAUUCGGGAGUUCACAGUGGGCGUGUAUGAGCCCCUGCCCCAGCUGUCGGUGCAGCCCCAGGCCCCAGAGACAGAGGAGGGGGCGGCCGAGCUCCGGCUGCGCUGUGUGGGGUGGAGGCCGGGGCGCGGGGAGCUGAGCUGGAGCCGGAACGCAAGGGCCCUCGAGGCGGCGGACCGCGAGGGAGCAGAGCCGCCCCGGAUCCGCGCGGAGGGCGACCAGCUGGUCAUCGAGCGCCCAGUGCGCAGCGACCAUGCCCGGUACACUUGCAGCGUCCGCAGCCCCUUCGGCCACACGGAGGCCGCAGCCAAUGUCAGCGUCUUCUACGGUCCAGACCCGCCGGCCAUCACUGUGUCCUCGGACCGCGACGCCUCCCCGGCCCUGUACGUCACCGCAGGCAGCAACGUGACCCUGAGAUGCAGCGCCGCCUCGCGGCCGCCCGCCGACAUCGCCUGGAGCCUGGCCGACCCGGCCGAGGCCGCUGUGCCAGCCGGCCCGCGCCUCCUGCUGCCCAAGGUCGGGCCGGGCCACGCCGGCGCCUACGCCUGCCUCGCUGCAAACCCGCGCACCGGCCAACGCCGCCGCUCUCUGCUCAACCUCACCGUGGCAGAUCUACCCCCUGGGUCACCACAGUGCUCAGUCGAAGGAGGACCCGGGGACCGCAGCCUCCGCUUCCGCUGCUCUUGGCCUGGCGGGGUCCCCGCCGCCUCUCUGCAGUUUCAGGGUCUCCCCGAAGGCGUCCGCGCCGGACCGGUGCCCUCUACACUCUUAGCAUCAGUUCCUGCCCACCCACGGCUCAGCGGCGUCACUGUUACCUGCGUUGCUCAUCACCUGGUGGCCACACGUGCCUGCACCAUCACCCCGGAGGCCCCCCGAGAGGUGCUGCUGCAUCCGAAGGUGGAAGAGACACGGUCAGGGGAGGCAGAGGUGGUGCUGGAGGCCUCUGGCUGUCACCCACCUUCGCGAGCAUCCUGGGCCCGGGAAGGGCGGCCCCUGGCUCUCGGUGGCAGAGGUCGCCUGCGGCUAAGCCAAGAUGGACGAAGGCUCCUCAUUGGCAACUUCAGCCUGGAUUGGGACCUAGGAAAUUACUCUGUGUUGUGCAGUGGGGCACUGGGUGCUGGUGGUGACCAGAUCACCCUCAUUGGGCCUUCCAUCUCCUCAUGGAGGCUGCAGAAAGCCCAAGAUGGGGCUGUGCUGACCUGGGACAUGGAGCGCGGGGCACUGAUCAGUGGCUUUGAGGUCCAGGCUCGGCCACAGGGGUCUGACCUGGGAAGAGCCACCACCUACAAGGACUGGGUGUCCCUGCUCAUCCUGGGACCUCAGGAGCGGUCCGCUGUGAUGCCCCUCCCCCCUCGGAGCCCUGGGACCUGGGCCUUGCGCAUCCUGCCCACCCUGGGGGGCCGGCCGGGGACCCCUUCACAAAGUCGGGUCUACAAGACUGGUUCCACCCUGAGCCCUGGGGCCAUCGCUGGCAUUGUCCUGGGCUCCCUACUGGGCCUGGGGCUCCUGGCAGCGCUUCUUGUCCUGUGCAUCUGCUGUCUGUGCCGCUUUCGGGGAAAGACUCCUAAGAAGAAGAAGCUCCCUACCUUGACCCCUGUGGUCAUUCUACCAGAGAAGACAAUGCAGAAUGUGACCCCAGUGCAGACUCCACAGCCUGUGGCCCUCAAAGUUCCCCUGGAGGAUCCUAGUCCAGCCAGGACCCACCAAGCCUCAGGCCCCAGUACAGUCAUCUCUCCUCGUGGUUACCCCAGGACUGUGCGGGCAGCCACACAGGUGUGAGCAGGGACAGUGACCUGCACAGCACAGAACAUUUUGGGGCAGGACUUCCUGUUUCACUCCCAGCAGUAGGCAGGGCCUUCCUGGCCUGCCAUAAUGGAAGGUUGUACCCCCCAAAUGGGACCUCCUGUCUCCUUGUCUCACCACAGAAGAAGACUCCAUUUGUAUUUGUGCAACCAAGGGGAUGUGACUGCUGGGCUGGGAGAGACUCCUGCUAACAGGGUGGUUUGCACAGCCUCAAAGCAGGCAGGUAGCUCUGGCGCUACAGAAGAAAGACAAGACUUGCUGCAUUUCUUAGCGUUGGUGAUGAAGCCCAGCCAUGUUCUCUGAAAAGUUCUCCCUACACUCACUUUUCCCUCCUUUAGGCCAUGCUUCAUCCAGCUCCCAGAGCCUUCAUCUUAAAACAGAUCAAAUUCUGUCCCUCCUCUCUUUAAACCCUUCCGUGGUUGCCCAUUGUCCAUCAGAUAUUAUCCAAACUCCUCACCACGACCUUUCUCUGCCAUGGGGCUUGGCCUCUAUCAGCCUCUCUGAUCCUCCUCUCAGUACUUCCGCCCCUGCUACUCUAGUGUGCGUAUGUGUUGGUUGCCAUCGAGUCGACUCCAACUCAUGGCCACCCCAUGUAUUACCCAGUAGAACUGCUCCAUAGUGUUUUCUUGUCUAUAAUCUUAACAAAAGCAGAUCGCCAGGGCUUUUCUUCCAUGGUACUGCUGGAUGGGCUCAAACUGCCAACCUUUAGGUUAGUAGUUGAGUGAAAACCAUUUGCACCACACAGAAGUUCUGUCCCCAGCCUCUAAAUAUUGGUCCCAGGGAGUGUCCUCAGACUGUUUACCUACCUGCAUUUUUCUUCAAUGUGAUCUUGUCCACUCUCAUGGCUUUAAAUACUAACAUACACAUAACUCCCAAAUGUCUUAUCCCCACCUGACCUUUCCCCAGAACUCCAGACUUGAAAAGCCAACUCCCUACUUGACACCUUCACUUAGAUGUCCAGAUGGCAUCUCAGACUUAAUGUGUUCAAAAUGGACCCUUUGAUGUUUUUGUUCUGUGAAUGUGUGACAUUUUAUCUUGCCUCGUUGCCAAGUUUUCUAGGGAUCCUGGGCCUGGGAGAAGAGAAAGGGUCUUGGAAGGCAGCUUGAGAGGAUGAGACCCCAUGUGCGGCUCUUCUGGGCCACCUGUCUCUACGUUAGUCUCAGAGAGUCUCUUUUGCACCUGCUACUCUAGAGGACAGAGUCCUUGAGCGGUGCAAAUGGUUAACAUACUUGGCUGCUAACCAAAAGGUUGGCAGUUCAUGUCCACCCAGACACUUGGAAGAAAGGCCUGGCGAUCUACUUCUGAAAAAUCAGUUAUUGAAAACCCUAUGGGGCACUUUUGUCCCUGAAAUUCACUCCACCUGGAACACUUCUCUUUGCCUUGUGUCAUUCACUUCUCAAGUCUAAAGGUAACCAUUGCCAUCUCAGAAGACCCUUCCCUAACUCCCCCCUUGGUCAUGUGUUGGGUCGCUGAAUCCCUAAGCCCCCCACUCCUCAUGCGUUCCUCUGACUCUGUCUCUAAACUGAGAGUUACUUGAAGGCAAGGCCCGUGUUAUUACCCUCAACACUUUACACAGAGCAUGACGUGUAGCAGGCGAUUGAUAAAUAUUUGUUG